AUGCCCAAGCGCAAGCGCGACGAGGCGCGUGGCGGCGGCGAGGAGCGGGGCGCGUCGAGCCACCUGCUCGCGGCGAACAAGGACCUCGGGCAGAACUUUUUGAAGAACCCGGCCAUCGUCGACGCCAUCGUCGAGCGCGCGAAGCUCCAGCCGACGGACAGCGUGCUCGAGAUCGGCCCCGGCACGGGCAACCUCACGGUGAAGCUCCUCGCGCAGGCGAAGAAGCUCACGUGCGUCGAGUUCGACCGGCGCAUGGUCCGCGAGGUCGCCAAGCGCGUGGAGAACGACCCGCGCAAGCACCGCCUCGAGAUGGUCCACGGCGACGUGCUCAAGGUCGCGCUGCCCUACUUCGACGUCUGCGUCGCGAACCUGCCGUACAACAUCUCGUCGCCGUUCCUCUUCAAGCUCCUCGCGCACCGGCCCCACUUCCGGUCCGCGGUCAUCAUGUUCCAGGAGGAGUUCGCCCAGCGGCUGUCGGCGAAGCCCGGCGACGCGCUCUACUGCCGCCUCAGCGUGAACACGCAGCUCCUCGCCAAGGUCACGCAGCUCAUCAAGGUCGGCCGCAACAACUUCCGG